CUCCCUCUUCUUCUGCCUGCGACGAUCGCUUCUCCAAUUCGCAAGGAAAACGUUGAGCGUGCCAGCUGCGCCUAUACGUGUGGUAGCCACUGCUACAGUGCCAGUGCUGUGAGUGCAACGCAGGCGGAAGGCUACUCUCUUUACCAAUCAGGCGAGACCCUCCAUGACUAUCCGCAUGUCUACCAUGACUAUGAGGGCUUCGACUUCAGUGUCUCUGGGACAUACUAUGAGUUCCCGAUCUUGAGCGACGGGGCUGUUUACGAUGGAGGAUCGCCGGGGGCAGAUCGCGUCAUCUUCAAUACUGCGGACCAGUUGGCGGGCUUGAUCACCCACACUGGAGCUAGCAGUAGCAGUGGGUUUGUCGAAUGUAGCUAA